AUGGAAUGUUGUCUACUCCCGGGCCCCGGGAGAAGGAAGAAAAUAGGAAAUGGAAAACUGGAUAUAGGGAAGCUUGUAAACCGUGAGACGCAGAAGGAGUUCCAAGAAAGGGCUAAGGAUCUAAUUCAACAGCAUCCUAUAGAGAAUGUAGAACAACAUUGGGAAAAUAUGAGAGAUGGCCUAAUAAAAGCAGCUGAAGAGAUAAUUGGAAAACAAAAACCUGAAAAGAGGAAGGAGUGGAUAACUGAUGAAAUAAUACUUAUGUUUGAGGAAAGAAGGAAGCUCAAAAAUAAUGAAACGGAAGAAGGGAAAACGGCAUACCGAGUGCUUAGGAACAAAAUCAACAGGAAGUUGAAGCAAGUAAAAGAAAGAUUCCUUGAAGACAGAUGCAAAGAAGUUGGAGACCUUCUGAAGAAAGGGAACCUUGAAUUAGCAUACAAAACAGUGAAACGCUUCUUCUCAGGAGGACAAAGGAUUAGAUGUAAUGCCCUAAUAAGAGAGGAUAAUAAGAUGGUGUAUAAUCAUGAAGAUAUAGCACUUACGUGGAAGGAAUACCUAGAGAAAUUAUAUGGAGGCAACGUACAAGAUGACAUGAUUGAAAGUGAGGACGAAGUAGAUAAAGAUGAACUAGGAGACAGCAUAGUAAGGUCUGAAUUUGAUCAGGCACUACAGGCACUUAAGCACGGAAAAGCACCAGGAAUUGACUCAUUGCCUGCAGAAAUCAUCAAAGCAGGUGGAACAGAAAUAAAAGAUAAACUGUAUAAAUUAAUCUGCCAAAUAUAUGGUACUGGAGAGCUGCCUGAGGACUUCAGAAAGUGUAUUAUUGUUCCAUUAACGUACAAGAUGACAUGA